AUGCUCAAAUCAAUCUUUGCUGGGUUACUGGUCUUUGCUGCCUCACAAGUCGCAGCCCAAGAAGAGCCAGCUCCAUAUUACGAUAUUCAAAGUCCACCUUUCUACCUCACCCUCAAGUCUCUAAAUACCACCCUUGACGGAUUGUAUCUCACAGCAUGUCACGAAGGAGCUGCUAUUGAGAGUCUUUGCCUCAGUCAGCCUUUUACCACGAACUUCACCUACGCUCACUUUUAUUACAACACAUCUUCUUCUGAGAAUUCGUCAACCAGCGGCCUUCUCACGUGGAUUCUCCCUGCUGUCGGCCUCAACGUAUCAUCCUCAUUGCGAUUGAAUUACAACAAUGCGUCCAACGUUGCAUUGCCGCUUCUCUUCCCCGGCGAUGAAGGUGCUGCACUCGUGAAUUUCACUGCAGAGAACCAGCUUGGCAUCAACCUGGUCCAAGACGAUACCUUGCCUCUUCCCAACGAUUUCCAGCACACCAUUUUCCGUUGGUUCAUCUGCAUCACACGCUACGGAUAUCUUUACCAGACUUUGAAUUGGGUCUUGGGCAACCAAAGCCCACAGAGUCCUACUUGUGAAAGCGUUGCGGUGUACAGAGUAUGGGCAUAG